AUGGCGCAACAACAACAACAACAACAACAAGAAGAUGAGAACGGUUUCCCCUACAUCCAUCCUAACGAGAGCAAUCGCAGUUUACAUCGAUUGAACACUGCUGCAAAUAACAAUCAGGACGACGAUCGCAGGGCUGCUGCUAACAUGGUGAGUGCUGUUUCAGUGCAGCAGCAGCAGCAUCCACAGCAACAACAACAGCCACAGACCUCGCCACAGCAGCAACGAAACCGACCGCCGGUUGACCGUCCUCAAACAUCACCCAGCCUCCGUCCAGCGUCCCCCUUCCUCGAGUUAUCGACGCUACCCGUUGCCUAUCAACAGCAAGGUUUUUCCCGAAGAAACCCCGAUCUACUCAACAACAACACAGCCCAUGCCUCCCCUUCGUUUUCUCCUAUGAUGCGACCCCAAGAACCCACCGCACUGCCAUCCGGUUCUCGCAACAACUGCGAUGGCGAUAAUGUCCAACGAGCGGCUACCAGUUACCACACCAAGAACUCGCCUCUUCCUCGGCCACUACAUCUGCGACGGCCGAUCGUCACCGACAUGUCGAUAACUCCGUCCUCCAAGGUCGUUGCCACGAUCGGCCGGGGUGUUCCGGUGGUUGUCCAGAACGACGACACUAACUCUCCUAUCGAGCCUCCGGUGGUCAUCAUUGGCAAGAGUCCCGUCUUGAUGGCCUUGGGUUUGGGGACAAGCAUGCUUGCCCACUCGCAGUCGUCCGCCUCUGCUGCGUCGCCUAAAGCGACACCGCCUGCCAAGAGCACUGCGAGACGAGAAUCGACCCGUCGCCAAGCUGGAACAACUCAAACGCCGCAAUCACAAGCAUCAACUGAAGCACAAACACAAAUACAACAACAAAAGACACCACAUCACCAAGGAGCAAUCCAAUUCCCAGUCCCCAUCUCCGAGGAACAAGAUAUGGUCGAUGAGUCCGAUGAGAAUCCGUUCAUGUCCAAGGAGGAGUUCUGCAGACCUGCGCCUCAAGCCAUCCUUCCUGAAGGAUUCAAGCAUGCACAGUUCACUCUUCCCCUUCUGCCUCCGCCGCCUCAGUCCAAGAAAGCUGUGAACGAUGACAGCAGCGACGAUGAAGUGACUGGGCUCGACACUGGUCAACUGGUGUUGGAACCUUACCUCACACCUGCCGAACUGGCGGCCCAUAUUCCGUUCCCAGUCCCUGCUGUCGCCCCCAAGUAUACCAGAGAUCCUGCUGCGCCAAGUGAUGGCCAGACUGUUGCCCAAAACAUCACUCCUCCCACGCGUCCACUUCGACGUGCCACUGAUGCAGCUGACCAACUUUAUCAGUCUCAGUCCAAAUUCCAGGAACAAGAACGACAGGCUCUUCCAAGCAUUCAUCCUCUUACACCUUCAGCCAACGCUCCUUGGUCACCGUCACAUCCUCCUAUCCACAGAAGCUCGAGUCCAUUACCUUCCCCUACACCAUCCUCCUUGUCAAAUAAAUCCUCAAGCACCAACAGCACUCGCGUGAAACCACCACCACCAACCCUCCCUCCACCCCGCAGAUCUCGCUCAAAUUCAUUAAGCCAAGCAGGAUCUGAACGAAGCAUGUCCCCAGCACCGUCACUGUCCUACACCAGCUCCAACAUAUCUACGGGCCCGUCGAUCAUCUCUUCACAACCCGAGACGAUCGUGACCGAUGUCUCGUCCUUUGUUUCCUUGGGCGACACGCCAACAACAACCGCGUCAAUGUUCUGUACAUCCCCAACCUUUCUACCGGUGCUUUCACCCACAAGCCCUGCUACCCCGGGAAGAACCUUCUCGGUCUCAACAGUCGGGUCUCCGGCCACACCACGACUGCCACCGGGGCAGUCGCCGCUGAUUGAGGAGGGUGAUGUUUAUAGCUGGAUGGAGGGGAAGUUUGAUAACGACAGCAAUGAUGAUGGUGACAACAAGGUGGUUGUGCACCAGGUCAAGAAGAUACGAGUACCAGAGGCAGUUGGAGGAGGCACGCGGCUGUCGCGCUUCAACUUUGACAUCUAG